AUGGUCAAAACAGCUAUUCAUUUCGGCGGUGGUAACAUCGGCCGCGGCUUCGUUGCCGAGUUCCUUCACACUGCUGGCUAUGAAGUCAUCUUCGUUGAUGUCAUGGACAGUAUCAUCAAUUCCCUACAAGAAACCAAGUCUUAUCAGGUCACUGAAGUCAGUGAUGAGGGCGAGUCUACCAAGACGAUCACCAACUACCGUGCAAUCAACUCCAAGACUCAUGAGAGCGAGGUCAUCCAGGAAAUCUCAACUGCCAGCAUUGUAACCUGCGCCGUGGGCCCGAACAUCCUCAAGUUCAUCGCUCCCGUCAUUGCCAAGGGCAUCGACGCCCGCACCGACGCCACACCGCUCGCCGUCAUUGCCUGUGAGAACGCCAUCGGCGCCACUGAUACUCUACACCGGUUCAUCAAGGAGAACACCGCCCAAGACCGUCUCGACUCCAUGCCAGACCGAGCCCGGUUUGCCAACUCGGCCAUCGACCGUAUUGUACCUGCCCAGGCUCCCGACAGUGGUCUCAACGUGCGCAUCGAGAAGUUCUACGAAUGGGUCGUGGAGUCGACGCCUUUCGGCGAGUUCGGUCACCCCGAAGUCCCAGCUAUCCACUGGGUUGCCAACCUGGAGCCCUACAUUGAGCGCAAGUUGUUCACCGUCAACACCGGUCACGCCACUGCAGCCUACUAUGGCUACAAUGCGGGCAAGAAGACCAUUGCUGAAGCCCUCAAGGAUACUCGUAUCCGUGGUAUUGUCCGUGAUGUACUUCAAGAGACUGCCUCCCUCAUCGUCGACAAGCAUGAAAUCAGCGCUGCCGAGCAGCAAGAGUACGUCGAGACCAUCAUCACCCGAAUCUCAAACCCCUACCUCGAGGACAGUGUGGAGCGCGUGGGCCGUGCCCCAAUGCGCAAAGUGUCUCGCAAGGAACGGUUUAUCGGCCCGGCUUCGCAGCUGGCCGAGCGUGGUGGAAAGUUCCAGGCAUUGAUGGGCUCCUUUGAAAUGGCUCUGCGGUUCCAGAAUGUGAAAGGCGACGAGGAGAGUGUGGAAAUGGCCAAGAUUCUCAAGGAGAACUCGCCUGCCGAUGCUGCUGUCCAAUUAACCGGAUUGGACCGAGACCACCCUCUCUUCCCCCAUGUGGUCAAGGUCGUAGACGAAGUACAAUCCGACACCAAGUAG